AUGAACAUGCGACGUAUCUACUUGUACAUCAAACGAACCUACCACGAACUCGCCAACCUGCUCUGGCGAAUCUUGGAGGUUCAUAUGUCAAAGAUCAUCGUCAUCUUCAUCAUCGUCGUCUGCACUUAUGAUGUAUGUGCCUUAAACGUCCUCUUGCUGUUGGUUGCUCUCAUACUGUAUCCUCUAAAUUUCCAUCACACUCUCUCCAUCCUGACGAUGUUCUACUCUUCCUUCAUCAUCAUCACCCGCAUGGUCUAUCAGUUGAGUAUAUUCGAAGAGAAAACAUUUACAACCGAAUGUCUGUUCAAGCAGGCUGAGUAUGACGUCAUAGCCUACAAUGGCACGGUCAGCGCUGUUGCCUAUUUCGGCUACAGGAAAACCAACAACAUCUUUUUCGAGGUCAAGUUGUACGUCUGCCUGGUCAUCCUGCUGGCCUUAGAGAUGGUCAUCUCCACGCGACAGAAGCAGCACUACAACCACCCGCGACACUUGCGACCAUACAAGGGAGUCAUCUUCUACGGGGUCAACAGGGGCAACGCUGACGUCACUGUUACCUCGUGGCUCAAGUUUUUUGCCAAUUAUGGAUUUUAUAAGUUUGGAAAAGAGAUCUGUUUCAUCUUCGUGGUCAUCGUCAUGACGACACGCUUGGACGCCUUCAGUUUGGUCCACGGCCUCCUACUUGGGUGCCUCAUCUUCCUACGCAGGUGGGCCUGCCGCCGGGUGUGGCCCGUCUACAUCUUCCUCCUCAUCAUCGCCGUCUUCGUCCAGUACCUCUCGUGCCUCGGACUACCCAAGUCCCUCUGCAUCGAUUACCCGUGGAACUUGAAUGGUUACAGCAAAGUUUUCACGAGAAACCUCAAGGUCUUCCUCUUCCUUCCCGAUUACGUGCUACCUCCGUAUGCUCUCAAAAUCAUUGGUUGCUCCUACCUGGAUUACGUGAAGGUGGGAGUCUUUUACUAUUCCUUCUGGCUGACCCUAUUGAUCCUGUUCAUAGCCGGAACAUUCCGUGUCAACCUGCUUUGUUUGGGGUACUUGCUUGGGUGUUUCUUCUUCCUCUGGCACGGUCAGAGUCUCUUGCUGAAGCCGCUGAAGCACAUUAAGAAAAUGGCUAAUCAUGUUGUUCUAUAUUUUCUUUGCUAUCAUGGUCAAGUGUGCUUUGCAGGAUCGAGACCACAGUUUGAUAGGGAGAAGCUGGGAUUCGCGUGGGAUGCCAUGGGAUUCGCGAUGGUCCUGCUCCUUCUCAGAAUACACAAGUCCUGGUUCUUCCAACAUGUUGUUAAUGAACUUCACGUUGAUAGUGUUCUGGCUUCCAGAGGCAGCGAACUGAUAGUAGAAAUGACUCAACGGAGGAUAGAGACGCAGAGAAAGUAUGAGAUGAGCAUACUGGACAAGAUCAGACUGAAGGUCGAACGCAUCAGAGAGAACCUGCUGAAAAAGCAAGAGGCAACUAAUCAGCCCAUCGUUCAAUAUGCUGAUCAUUAUCAAGUUAUUAGGUCAGGUGACUACUACAUGUUCGAGCACCUUGACCUAGAUUCGAACAGUAGUGAGGUCAAGGACGAAGACAUCCUGUCCACUGAGGCCCAGAAAAAAAUGGCCAAGACCCCUACAGUGGCUGAGCUCUUCAACAUAGUAUCGAUCGCCAACAUGGAGACGGCCAUAAAGUUCUGGAGUGAUUGGAUGAGAGAAAACAGGCCGAAGAAUGACGGAGAGAAGAAGGAAGGAAAAAAGAGAGAUGUUGAGGAGGAAGGAAGAGAGGGUGAUGGUCAUGGGGUGGAAGAAGAGGAUUUGCAAGAAGGGACAUCUGAUGGGACUGUUAUAGUUAGGCCACACCAUAAGCCAGUAGUACCAGAGAACGAGAACCUUCUUGCAAUCAUCAAGGAUGUUACCGGCGCUAAGAACCUCGUGCCCUCUGACGUCGACCCACCCGUCAAACAGAAACGAUCCGUAGCUCAGACGAUCCGGAUAAGUUUCUACUUCGGCUACAUCGUCACUUGGGCUGGCGCUGAGCAGCUCAUCGUCUUCCUCAACAGUCUGGCCCAGGAUUACAUCUCCAUCUCGGAUAUCCUCUUUGAAGAGAAACAGAAGAUUAAAAAGGCAACGAUUCUCUACCGUUCAAACUUGCUCUCGGAGGACAGUUUCCACGAGGAACCAGCUGACUGGGCAAGCCACCACCACCACCGCCAGUACACUGACCACCAACAUCCACAUUCGCCUGAUGCGGCCAGUCCCAUCGACGACGACAAGGCAGUCCUUACGACCACCACCCCAUCAACAACAGCAGACCAGCCACCUCAGCAGUUGUCCUUCAAAUACAAGCUCAAAACUUUCGAUCCUUUCACUGAGAUCAAGAAGAUCGCCCACCUGUUGCAAUCAUCUUCGGCGCAGGAUCUCGCCUCGUCGCAGCAGGACCAGCCACAGACGCCAACGUCCCAGCCGCCUAGUCUUCCCCCUCAUCACCAUCAUCACCUUGCUCUACCGCUGGUUAUAUUCAAUUCCUGUUACACCGUUUUUCUGAGCAACUCUGAACUUCUGUGUUACUUCGCCAUGGUGUUGAAUGCAAUUGUCUACGGCAGCAUCCUGUCCGUGGUCUAUCCGGUCACGGCCAUUCUCUGGGCCAUGAUGACCUGCCCUCGACCCAGUAAACGAUUCUGGCUCUUUGCUAUUGGAUACACGGAGAUAUGCAUAAUCGUCAAGUAUGUCUACAAAUUCGUCAGUCCCUACACUGACCAACCGGACGUUGUGAACAAGGACACUUUAUUUCAAUGGCCCUACAUGCUCGGGCUCGCCAACAUGACGCACUUCGAUAUCUUCCUUCUUUUCUGUCUCUUCUUCCAUCGUUCCGUUCUUAUGAUGCAACCGAAGCAAAAACUGGAGGAUCCUGAAGAUGAGAUGGCAGUUUUGGCAGCUCCCAAACCAUCGAGACCUGCACCAUCGCCAUCAUCGGCAGAACAGGAGGCAUCAUCCCCAUCAUCACUGCCCCCCUUAACGGGUCAACCUUCCACUCUGAGGAAACGAAAUGUUAAAAAGUUUAAAAAUAAAAACGAGAAAGGAAAAAUUGAUGAUGGCGUGGAUGGUAGAGAUGCUGAAGUCGUGGACGGUGAUGCGAGGGAGAAGAAGUCAGAUGACAUCAAGUUGAAAUCAAUGAGGACGAUAACAUUCGAUGGUGACGACGACGCUGGUGCCGCUGCUCUGGCUGGUCAUGAUGAUGAUGAUAACGAGGCUGGUGAUGAUGACGAUGACGAAGAAAGCGGCAUGGAGGAUGAACUCGUCCGAUUGUGUUGCGAGAACCCCCUAAUACGCCCCCUGUACAACUACUGCAACAACCUCCGCGAUCAGUCUUUCAGAGCGGCCACCGACGUUUACGUCUUUAUGUUCCUCACCGACCUCAUCACCUUCCUCAUCGCCGUCUUUGGCUUCUCAUCCUUCGGUCCUAAUGAUGCAUCGGCUAACAACGACGGGAAAGUGACCACUGUGCUCAAAAGUAACAAGGUGUUCCUGAAAUUCAUCUUCCAAAUAUUUCUCGUUGUUCUGAUACAUGCCUGGAUCUUCAUUGGUCUACCCGAAGUCACGCAAAGACGUUUUGUGAACAACGUGGCGGCACAGAUUUGGUACUUUGUGAAGUGUGUGUACUUUGUACUAUCAGCCUAUCAGAUAAGAUCUGGCUACCCCACGUGCGUGCUUGGAAAUUUCCUCACUAAGAAGUACAACUAUUUCAAUCUCUUCAGCUUCCAGGCUUUCCUAGCCAUCCCAUACCUACUGGAAUUGAGAGCCUUGAUGGAUUGGAUGUUCACCGACACCACCCUCUCACUGUCAAGCUGGUUGCAGAUGGAGGACAUUUACGCCAAUGUCUUCUGCGUCAAGUGUAAUAGGAGUGCCGAGAAGCGUUACAAAACGCCUCGAGGUAACAAGAGGGCCGCCCUGGUAAAAUACGGAUUGGGGGGGAUCAUUUUAGUGGCCCUGGUCAUCAUCAUCUGGUUCCCUCUCCUCCUUUUCAGUAUGUCCAAUGCCAUCUUCCUUACAAGUCAGCCGUCUGAAGUUUAUGUCGAUAUCAAAAUUGCCGGCUAUGAGGAGUUAUUCAAGAUGACGUCACAAGCCGUCGACCCCUUCACGUCCGCUGAUUAUGAUUACUUCUAUAUGAAAAAUUCAUUUUUCAUGACCCAGUACCAGACGUCGGACAUCUGCAACGUGACAAUCAAGGGGGAGUCAGGUUCGGUGUGGUCUAUCACCCCGCCCGCCCUCAACGACCUCGUCAAACAACUCGAGAGGAAGGACAAGGUCAACUUCAUUUUCAGCAUGCAAGUUCGCAGGGACCCGAAAAUAGGAGGCGAGAUAACGUACGGCCAGUUCAAGAGAGCACUUGACCGGAACAACACGGAAGACGCCAUGAUCAGAGAUGGCCUUAUCAACCUCAUACGGAGAACAUCUAAUGAAUCCGUGACACUGAUGAACGUCUUUCCCCGCCUGAUCCUAGUACCCGCCAAAGGAGUAAUCAGCAGUGUCGAGAGGAGUUUCGUCAAACUGGGACCCAAUGACACAGACACAGAGCAGACGGGCAGUCUGAAACUGACCCUGCACUCACCGAGUAACUUCACGUACUGGUGGUCCAUACAGCAGUACUUCAACACCAGCGAUGACGAGUUCUUCAUGGAGGACCCCACCGCAAGGGCCAACAAAAAUAGGGCCACUCCCAGGCCCAUCAUCUCCACAACAAUCCGUCCCCUCAUGAGAACGAUCCCUCGAACCCGUCAGAAGAACGUCUCGGCCGCACCCACCCACCCGCACCCAGCGACGGACUACGGAGGCAUGCCGUCAGUUGUGGACACCAGCUACUCCGUGUCCAAGGACAAACUCCAGCUGACCAUGUUCAACGAGAGAGUUGCUCCCUCUGGCGUUCUCUCUAUCAUUAAUAAUUACGGCCACGCCGCACGGUUCAACACUACAAAGCUACGAUACAAUCCCCACCUGACACUGCCCUGCACACGACACAGAGUGAUAGGUCUGUACGUAUCUCUUGUGCUCGUCAUCGGCCGCUUCCUCCGAAUGUACAUCCAAGGACUUAGCUUCAAGAUCAUGUUUGUUGAACUGCCCGACCCGCAAGUGCUUCUGACACUCUGUCAGGAUAUCUACAUGGUCAGGGAGUCCAAGGAGUUCAGACUGGAGGAGGAGCUCUUCUCGCAACUUAUAUUCCUCUAUAGGUCUCCUGAGACUCUUAUUAAACUCGCAUAUUCAUUGGCUCAAUAA